GAUAAACCAAACGGCGAAUCUAUCUUUCUUGGGACGUUCGGAGUCCCAUUUCGUCUCAACAAAAGACACUUCUCACUUGCCUGCCUGCCCCAUUACCUGUGGCAAAAUCUGACCUGGGCGGAAAUUGAUUCUCAGAAUUGACUUCUUACCUUUUUUUUUUAUCAGGCAGGGCAGGAAACACCGUGUCGUCUUUCGUCCGACCCAUCUCCAAAAACAGGUGGCUUCAACUUCUGCAUUCACUAUUUGGUAAGAAUCAGAAUAGUACCGAGAGAUUUGGUAUUGCUUCUGACGUUUUCUCAGCAUUUGACCGCCAGUGGUCCUUUCCGAGGGCAUAAAAUAAUUACGGGGACCCGGCUUCUCUAUUUGCCACUUUUAACGGCCAUCCUCUCAUUCAUUCAGACUCUGCUUCCGUCUCUUCAUCCUGACGACUAUCACGAGCUUCACUUACCUCGGACGAUUGUUUCCGUCUUCUCGGCCCUUGGACCGAUAGUUUUAUCCUAGCACCCAGGAACGACAGCAAGUCUGACACCAACAGCGACAGCGACGACAUGGCUUCACCGGUCCCCAGCCCCAUCAACCCGCCGUUUGAUGAGCUUGCCCAGAACCUCACCGGCAACCUCACUGGCAACUUGACAGCUGGAAACGUCACCGCUGCCGCCGUGGAAUGGGGCUUCACCCAGUAUGCUAGCUUCUUGACGAUGGAGGCCAAGCUCAUCUUCAGCGCCCUGGCCAUCAUUUACAUCGGCGCCCACGGCUCACUACGCCGCCCGCCUUCUGCCGCUCCUCAGAAGCGCAAGGAUGGGAAAGAACGCAAGGAGGAUGAGCCUAUAACGGAGGGUCUCAUGCCUACCGACGCCAUUCUCUUCCCGAUCCUGGCAGGUACCAUGCUCAUCGGCCUCUACUACCUCAUUCAAUGGCUCCAGGACCCCGCCAUCCUCAACAAGAUCCUCCGUGUCUACAUGUCCGUCAUGGGUGUCGCCAGUUUGACCACUCUGAUCGCACACUCGCUGCGGGUUGUCACCGGAUUCGUCUUCCCCAACUACUUCCGCCACGAUGGCUCACUCUACAACGUCAACGACGACGAUGAGGCUUUCGUCAAGGUCACAGGCGAGGAGGUGGACCGGAACAACGCGCAGGUUCUCCAGAAGAGCAACCCGCUACCCUUUGGUUUGCGCAGCAUCGUACGCCUCAACAGCAUUAAGACCAACCGGGUUCUGUGGGAUUUACGCCACGUCUUGACGGAUGAGUGGACGGUGAAGGCGAAGCUGCACGGUCUCCUUCGCGAGAAGUUUCACAUGACCAUCCUCCACGUCGUUGGUCUUAACCUGGCUAUCGCCACCGUCGUGGCCUACUUCAUGUCUGGCUCGCCUUUCCUGUCCAAUUUCAUGGGCUACGGAUUUUGCUACGGCUCGUUCCUCAUGAUGUCUCCGACGACGUUUGCGACGGGAAGCUUGGUGCUCAUCGGACUCUUCUUCUACGACAUAAUCAUGGUCUUCUACACUCCCUACAUGAUCACGGUUGCUACCAAGCUCGAUGUGCCCAUCAAGCUCCAGUUCCAGUCCGCCGCUAGGUCCAGUAUUCUCGGACUCGGAGACAUUGUCGUCCCGGGCAUUGUAAUGUGUCUCGCCCUUCGCUUCGACAUGUGGCUUCACUACCAGCGCCAGAUCAAGUACAUCCCGACCGAUCUCAAGUCCGACCAGCACGACGCGACCUCUGGCGACGUGGUCACCGUGAGCCAAACCCAGCACAUUGCGCAAAAGGCCACUUACCUCGACAUCACCAACUGCUGGGGCGACUGGUUCUGGUCCGCCCCUUCGUGGCUGGGCCUCUUCAAGGCCGCAACGGGAACAGCGCCGCCGACUGUGCGUGGAUCGACUUUCAGCAAGACGUACUUUUACGCCUCCUUGGUCGGCUACGCUUUCGGCAUGGUGACUACACUAGUCAUGUUGGUCGUCUUCAAGCACGGCCAGCCCGCGCUACUGUACCUCGUCCCUGGCGUUCUCAGCUCCCUCUGGUUGACUGGUCUCGUCCGCGGCGAGCUCAAGGAGAUGUGGAUGUACACCGAGGACGGCAGCCUCGACACCCGCGACGUUGUCGUCGAGCUCGACGGUGACGGUAAUGUCAUGAAGGAGCUGAAGAAGGACGAGGACGAGAAGAAAAAGAAGAAGGACGAGGAAGAGAAGACUGCGGAGGAGAAGAAGGCUAUUGAGAAGCGGGACGCCGAGAAGACUGAGUAUAGCAUAGUCUCCUUCUCCGUCACUGCUCCGCUUAGAAAGCCGAAGACGCAGUGA